AUGGCAUCUGGGCAAUGCCCGGGUCCUCCCAGGCAGGGCUGUGAAGACCCUACCCCAUCUUCCACCUCUGAGGAGCAGGUAGCCCAGGAAACGGAGGAGGUAUUCCGAAGUUAUGUCUAUUACCGCCAUCAACAAGAGCAGGAGGCUGAAGGGGCAGCCAUGCCUGCUGACCCAGAGAUGGUCUCCUUGCCCCUUGAGCCUAGCAGCGUCAUGGGACAGGUGGGUCGGCAGCUUGCCAUCAUCGGGGACGACAUCAACCAGCGCUAUGAUGCGGAGUUCCAGACCAUGCUGCAGCACCUGCAGCCAACAGCGGAGAAUGCUUACCAGUACUUCAUCAAGAUCGCCUCGAGCCUAUUUGAGAGCGGCAUCAACUGGGGCCGUGUGGUGGCUCUCUUGGGCUUUGGCUACCGCCUGGCCCUGCAUGUCUACCAGCGCGGCCUGACUGGCUUCCUGGGCCAGGUGACCCGUUUCGUGGCCGACUUUAUGCUGCAUCACUGCAUUGCCCGGUGGAUAGCGCAGAGGGGCGGCUGGGUAGCAGCCCUGGACUUAGGGAACGGCCCCAUCCGGAAUGUGUUGAUAGUUCUGGCUGUAGUUCUACUGGGCCAAUUUGUGGUACGAAGAUUCUGGGGUCCCAGCUGA